AUGACUUAUGAAGGGACUAGGAUUUUGAGUACUUGUAAUGGUUUAAUUUUUGCUAGCAGUCCUGAUGUUUAUGGUGGUAUAUACAUUUGGAAUCCAGUUACAAAAGAGCAUAAGUUUAUAAAACCAGUUAUGUCAGGGUUUAGAUAUGUUUGUGAAAUUGGGUGGGGGUUUGGUUAUGAUUGCGGAAUUCAGGAUUACAAGGUUGUAUCAAUUGUUCAUUAUAAGAAUUCUCCUUCAAAUUAUUCGCAUGUUGAGGUUUAUACAUUAGGUUUAAAUUCAUGGAGAACGAGUUUGUGCAUUCCGUAUAGACUUGCUAGAGGAGGACCUGCUGGGGUGUUUUCCAAUGGAGCUCUUCAUUGGUUAACCCAAUCAUGUUCAGGUACCAAAUUACAAGUUUUACUUUCGUUUGAUGUGAAAGAUGAGGAUUAUGGAGUGAGACAGUCAUGGACUACAUUGUUCAAGAUCGACCAGCUAAUGACAGUUGAUAUUCCAUCUUUUCACUACUUAAGGAGGACUGUACUUCUGAGAAAUGGUGAGAUCCUAUUAGAGAUUCAAUUGGAUGCAGGGGGUGACACUUUGUUUGUAGUAUAUGACGCGAAGCGGGAGAGAGCUAGGAUUGUAAAGAUCUUGAAGAAAGAAAACGAAAGACUUCAGAACCACAGUCUUAGAGAUGAUUCAAGACCAUUUUAUGAGAUGGACAGUUAUGUGCAGAGCCUAGUCUCGGUAAAUUCAGGUUCUUAUCUUCAGGAUCGUAAUAAAAUGUAG